ACAUUGGAGCCUCAAAUUUCCAUAAUGUGCGAGCCAGCUAUUGGGUGGGCGUUGCGGCACCGUUGUGAACACUAAGCGCGGUCGAAGCAAUGCAUUGUCGCCUGGCAUGAUACUGCAUACGCAAACGACCGGUGAGUUGCUCGAAGCUUCUGUCAGCUUCGUGCACGUCGCUGAUACGGUAAUGGCGGCUCGAAGUGCAUGAGGUGGUGGGCUGAGUGUUUUCGUCCCCUUCGUGUGCGAUGUCCACGCCCAGCGAUACGCUCGCCUGUGCCCCGCACCACAGCAACCUCAUGCGGAGAAUCACUGCGCCUUGCCAGUGUAGCAGCCAUCGUUCGCUGGAAUAUAGGACGGUUCUUGCGCGUCCGCCUUUCACAUACCCUCAGGACAAAGUCUCGCUGUCUAGUUGACCCCACUUCCAUCCAAGACGAGCUAGCACUUGGCUCCUGCACCGAGAGGUCGCUGAUUCUCACGGACCACGGUCAACUUGGCUCAAACCCAUGGUCGGACUUCUCAGUAUGGCGAACUACGAUUUGAACAACUAUCUAAGGCAAAUGGAGAGCUUCCGAGCUGUUGAUCAUGCCAGAGAAAACCUCGUUAAUGAAUUGAUCGAGAAGUUUUCCAGUCUGAUGCGAGAACAUUUAGAGCUGAAGAGCGACUACUUAAGCGAACGAGACAACAGGAGGAACUAUCAGUCUAGGGUCGAAGAAGUCCAUAGGGCUAUGAGCGAGCAUGAACGUCAAGUGGAUUCAAGUUCAUUCGUCCUGGCCCUCAUCGAUGGAGAUGGUGCUAUUUUUCAAGAUUCCCUACUCCAGGCAGCUGGCGGUGAUGGCGGCUCAGAAGCUGCUUCUCGCCUGUACCACGCUAUCCACAGCCACAUCUCGACUCUAUACAGCAACUCCGGCAACUGGCCAGUCAUGGUGCAGGUCUACCUAAGUCUUGACAAACUCGCUUUCAAGCUGCAGCAAAUUGGUCUUCUGCGUCAUUCUUCGGAAAUGCGGACAUUCGCACAGCGCUUUAGCGUCAACCAGCCCCUAUUUAGUAUUAUCGAUGUUGGUCAAGGCAAAGAGCGAGCCGACCACAAGAUUAAAGAAAUGCUGCGUACCUUCAGUGACAACCCGACCUGUCGCCACAUCAUCUUUGGCGGUUGCCACGACGCCGGCUAUCUCCUCAAUCUUGAUCAGUUUAAGCAUAACGAGGCCAAGGCGGGUCGUAUCACUUUGUUGGAAUCGACACCAGCGUACAGAGGGUUCGUUGAAUUGCCGAACUUCAAACGCGCCAACUUCGACGAUGUCUUCAGGAAUGAGCCUUUGCCUGACUUCGCUCCUGCCAUCAGUACUACCGUAGCUGCAGCCCAAAGCCCACCACAUCCAGCUCAGUCUCCAGUCGUUGUGCGAUCGUUGAUGAAUGGCUCAAUGAUGAGUAGCACACCUCCCGUAAAACCUGUGGUUGCGGCGGUUGUUAGCCCUUCGCCGUCGCCCAGCACUCCAGCUCCAUCCGUAUCAGCGACCGAGUCCAGCGAUGAUUCCACAUGGGCUAGUGUUGGCAACACCGGCUCACGGCGUGCGGAGAGCAUCUCGAUCGCGCCUUCCAAAGCAAACACCAAGCGAAAAUAUGCUUAUUACAACAAAUUAGAACAAAGACUUGACGAGCCGCUUCCGGCUCGCGAUAGAGCAUCCGUCGAGGCUCUCGAUGCCCGUAUGAAGAAGAACGGAAAGAAGAUGUGCAACAACUUCCACCUGGGUGGCUCGUGUACCCAGGGUAAGUUCUGCCAAUUCCAGCAUGAGCCCAAACUCACACCAGGCGAGCUGGUCGCUCUGCGUUACAAGGCCCGCAGUUUGGCGUGCAACAACAGAUACUGCGAGGAUAUUGAUUGUUACCUGGGCCACCAGUGCGCUAACGAGCGGGAUUUUGGCAACUGUCGCUACGACCAGACUUGCCAUCUGCGCGCCACCCACGGCAUGGACAAAGCAAAAUGGGUAAGAGUCGACAGGGACGGAAAGGAAGAGUACUCGCCGUGA